UAACGAUUCGGUAUCGUACGGGUUAGAGGCGGAAAAUAGCAUCAUUUGAAGUCCAAGAUGGAUGCGCCCACGAAGCUUGAGUUUGAUGUGGAGCUGACAUGUGAAGGAUGUGUGAAGUCUGUCAAAAAAGCCUUUGAAGGAGUCACAGGGAUAAACUCUUUAGAUGUAGACCUUACAAAUGGUCAAGUGCUGGUUGAAGGUAAUCUUGGGUCAGACAAGGUGAAAUCUAUCAUUGAGAGUACAGGCAGGAGAGCAAUUCUUAAAGGAAUGGGAGGAACAGAAACUAAAGCCCAUCUUGGAGCAGCUGUAUCAAUCAUGGAGGCGGGCAGCGAUGUUGUACGAGGUUUGAUCCGAUUCGUUCAGACAGACAAAGAUAAACUAGUCAUAGAUGGUACUAUAGAUGGCCUGUCACCAGGAAAACAUGCUUUAUGCAUGCAUGAGUGUGGAGACAUUUCUGAUGGAUGUGAAAGUUGUGGAGAUGUGUUUGGUAUUGAAGAAUCCAAUAAUAAGACAGCGGUUGGUGAUUUUGGAGAUAUUGAGGUAGGGCCAGAUGGAAGGGCAGAGUUUCGAUUUGUAAAUGACAGGUUAAAGGUUUGGGAAAUGAUUGGAAGGUCAAUGAUGAUACACAAUUGUCCCAGCACUGUAGCUCAUCAGAGAAACAAUGGCCAAGAUGGAAGGAUAUCUUGUGGGAUUAUAGCUCGUUCAGCAGGAUUGUUCCAGAACCCUAAGCGGUUCUGUGCAUGUGAUGGUGUUGCACAGUGGGAGGAAAGAAACAAACCUGUUGCCGGUGCAGGGAGACAGUCUAAUUUGUGACAGGGACUGAAAAACAAUUGAGCAUGAAUUCCAUAUUUAAUAUACAGAUAGAAGACAAUUGUGAUAAUUUUUUUAAUAUUGUACCCUCAUUUAUUUUACCAAUGCAAAAGUUCAAUGCAAGUAUUGUUAAUAUCUUUGUUCUGCAAAGUCAAAUUUUGAGAUAAUUUGACAUAAAUAAUCACUAUAAGAAAAAAAUAUGUCAAAGUAACAUUUAUAAGUCUUAACAUCAUAUUUUUAGCUCGACUAUUCGAAGAAUAGGGGAGCUAUCCUACUCGCCCCGGCGUCAGCCUGAGCGUUAGCGUGAGCGUCACACAAAUGUUAAAGUUUGCGUACCACGCCAAAUAUUUUCAAAGUCUAUUGAGAUAUUGCUUUCAUAUUUUGCAUACUUGUUUACCAUCAUGACCCCAGUCUGUAAAAAGGAGGAGGCAACUCUAUCAAGCAUUUUGACUGAAUUAUGGCCCCUUUUCGACUUAGAAUGAAUGUUAAGUUUGCGUACCACCCCAAAUAUUUUCAAAGUCCAUUGAGAUAUUGCUUUCAUAUUUUGCGUACUUGUUUACCAUCAUGACCCCAGUCAAAAGUUUUACUCAUUGCUUAUAUUAUACUAUCAAGCACUGAGAAUAGUCGAGCGUGCUGUCCACUGACAGCUCUUGUUUGUCCAGUCCUCAAUUACUGUAAUAGUAUGACAAUGUCAUAUCCCUUGCAAAGACUUAGACACCAAGACCAAAGAUGUGUGUAUUGCUUAGGAUUCCAUGUAAAUGUACUAACAUACAUGCCAUAAUUUUUCAGAACGUUUCCGGGAUUCUGAGUUAAAAUUUCCGGGAUUUUUACCUUUUGUCCGGGACAUACACCGUGACAUUGGUAUUCAUCUGUUUCAUGCAAAAAUAUCAUAAUAUACAUGUAGUUUCCCCGAGACUAAACAUUGUUCACUCGCUUGUAUUAAUUUGCGGCAAAUGUCGUCUAGCUUUCUAAGGGAGGUAAAUACAUGUAUACGGGUAAUACAUCUAUAGUUCGGCACGUGAAUUUAUUGCGUUCCCGAGGUGAACAGAAUUAGGAGACUUACUAUAUACGAAGAAUCAACCUGGUCAUCGUGAUUUAGAUUCUUGCUAAUUUGGUAUCAUUCUAAAGCUUAAACAUUUAUCUAAUAAUUAAAUGAAUCCUUAAAGGAACAAAAUAAAUCUUGUAGAUAAAAUCGACAAUAUAAAAUAUUUGGAGUCUGGUCAAUUUUCAUGGGUCGGUCGGCAAAGGCAUUCAGCAUUUUAAUUUAAAAUAUGUGUGACAAUCGAUCUAGAUCUUAAAUAAUUACAACCUUUUAAAAUAAUUAUCGUUUAAAUGACCGUUUUCAAUAAUCUCUUCCAUAAAGGCUACAUGUAGCUUUACCGCCAACGUGCUAAAAACAAAGUGAUUUACGACUAAUUUAACUAUCAUAAAACAGUUAUUGAUUGCAUAAUCCUGUCAGUUCUUAAUCAGGGUCAUCAUAAUAACUGACUGUAACUUAAUCAGUGUCAUCAAAAGAUCGUCGCGUGAUCAAAGCAGGCUUAAUCAACACGUGUCCCGCUCGCCCGCUCGAGGGCAUAAAAUGAUUAGGAAUAAACAAUGUGACAACGGGGACUGUUUAUUGUGUAAAAUUUAACAAAUUAUAGACAAAAACAAGUUUUUUGGGGGAUUGUUUUCAUUUGUUACUGUAUUUUUAUUUUUCCGGGACAUUUUAAGACUGUCCGGGACACCGGGACGAGUAUGUAAUUUCCGGGACAAUCCCGGACAAUCCGGGACGUAUCACAUGUAUGUGUACUAAUGUCAAAGUGCCAUAAAGCACUUCUGUGACCCAAUGUAGCAGGGCAUGUAUCCUUAGACGCAUUUCUAGUGAGUAUGAGCAAUGCCACUUGCCUUCAUGGUACAAUAUGGUUUUGCAGGCUUUGUAAAUGCAAAAUGUCUCUACAAUGAUGUCUAUGUAAAAAAAAACACUUGCCUGUUCUACUAAAAUGCCAAGAUAUGUUAGAAAUGUAGAAAAUAUUGUCCAAAAAAUGACCCUGCUAAGAGAUGCCUUUUAUCCCUAUACAUGCCAUAAUAUGCAAAUGUUAUUUCCAUGUGAAUUAAAUCUAUAUUUCUGGGUUUGUUUACAAGAAUUUUUUUUUUGCGGUAAAUAUUACAUUCUAUGAACCUUCAUGUGACCAUUUACUGACAAGUGAGGUAAGCAGAAUCGACAAGUCACAGAAUAAUAGUAUAUACAUUACUAUAACAACUGCAUCAAUUUAUUUCUAGUGUAGUAAGUCAGAAUAUAGAAAACUUUUGCAUAAAAAAAAAUCUGGAAAAAAAAAAUGAAUAUCACGUUGCUCAGAGUGGGGCAGUUUUUGAUUACAUACUGUCCACAUUGGUUGGCAACAUUGAUAAAAUUUACUGUACCCAGUGCAAUAUUUACCUAUGCAUUGUCUUGUGUUAUAAUGAUACGGGAUGUUACUGAAAUCAGAGGCUAAUGCCAUUACUUCCAUAUGGGCAAAAUUAUAUCAAAGCUAUACACAAAUUAAAAAAUUGUUUUAUAUUCUACAUGAGAUGGCAGUUGGCAGUGUAGCCAUUCAUACAUUGAUGUUGCAACACAACUUCGAUUAGAAAGAAUAAAAGCCUCAAUUGUUUUGCUGUUAAUGACUUAAAUAGUUAAGCAAGUAAAAUAUCACUGCAAAGUUCAUUUAAUAUCUGUAUGUCCUUAUCAGAAAUGUAUAUGCAUGUCUUAUCAUUGCACAAAUCUGAAAGGGAAUACCUGCAGUUAUGGACAAAGUAUAGUGAAGCUUUUUAUUUUGACUGAGCAGCUAAUCUGUAGAAAGUUUAUGCUUUGUGUCUUAGGAGAAAGAAAGUUCUGAGAUCAAGGAUUCUAUUAUGGAUCCAUGUCUGGACUUCAUCUUUACAACAUAAUUAAAUUUGCUUGUACAUUGAGCUACCUAAAAUGUUUUACCAUUUAAGUCAUUACAUGUAUCAGUUGAAAUGAAUGGUAAUUUUUAUCAUCUGUUGGGCUCAAAAUAUCAUUGAGUAAAAAUGUGUUUUAAACAGAUUGUUAUUGUUGAUCAAUAUGUUACCUUGUGAUGAUUUGUUGUGUAUGUAAUUGAAAUUAAAAUCAUAUGAAAAUCUG